AUGCCAUCUUCCCGCCGAAGCAUAAGCACACGUCCCCCAUGGCCUCCGGCGCCUCGCGUCGAGGACGAGGUCGAAGCCCUGUCCCGCGAGCUCCAUGGAAUGUCCAAACUCGGCGAUAAGCCUGGGCUUGAGGGUACCUGUGCAAGAGGCACGGUGGACCAGCAUCCGGUGCUUGUCACAGCCGAGAACUCUGUUGCAUCCUCCAGCCCUCCCAGCGUCCCAAGUGUGCCUGGCCUGGGCAACGUUUCUUCCGACGACAGCACGGGGCCAGCCACGCCGCCGGGGAGUUUCCAUGAGCCCGUGUUUCCCACAACCUCCAGAUCUCAGUCGGUCCACCGCCCUAGGUCUAUGUCAUCGUCUACUUCAAGCAAGAUGCAUGGUCGAGCGCAGGUUCACCAACAGCCCAGUCGUCAGCCCAGUCGUGAGCCGAGCGCGCGCCGCGAUCUGCGUCCACCUUCUAGUUCUUCUAGGGAGAGCUAUUUGAGCCGGGAUGGAGAACCGGUACAAAUUGCGCCUCAUGAUUCACGUGGAAGAGCUGCUUCCGAACGUUCAUGGACUCAAGGCUCUCAGGGCUCUCAAGGCCCCAUGUACAAUCAACCCUCCCUUUACCCACCCAAGGCGCCGUUGAGUCGUUCGAACAGCGCACGCUCACGUUAUGGUCCCUCUUCUGCGGCCUGUUCGACUGCAAGCCAGAACAGCUCGGGGCCAAGGUCUGGAUAUCAAUCCGAUUUAACCACCGCUCGCAGCCGACCAUUGUCUCACGGACCUCCACCGUCCGUAUCUACCGUGUCUACGAGAGUGCCCGAAACACUACCCACCCGUGGCAGUGGGUCUCCACCGUCCGUAUCUACUGUGUCUAUGAGAAUGCCCGAAACACUGCCCCCUGGGCCUACUCUUGCAGAGCGGAUUGAGGAAAAGCUUCGCCAGCGACAGGAACGCCGCGAGUCGGGGUCUAUGUCGGACGCCGAGUCACGGGCCCGAGCUGCAAGCGUGAAACCUCCUAGCACAGUGUCGGGCAACUCAAACCGUACAUCAGCACCCUCUUUACCAUCACAAGAAAUUUACCGUGCCACGAGUCAGCGCUCCUCAUAUUCACGCCCUCGAACUGCAUCAGUCCCUGUUCCUCCCGGCGGGUCCGGGAUACGAUCAUCGUCGGGAACUCGGCAGCCCUUGAGGCCUGGGUCCUCUGAUGAGGUCCAGACAGUGUUAAGGCGACACACCACCCCACAGUCCGCCUCAGACAGGUCGCAGGCUCAAUCUGUACAGAGCAGCCAGCCCUCCACUGCAUCCAGUCGACCAACAAGCAUGUCCAGUGCACCACAGCAGGCCUCCAACCCCGCAGGGCUAUGCGUGUCGCCAUGUCCACGAUCCGUCCCCGUGGCAGGCUAUCAGGACUGGUAUACCCUCAGGGGGCUCCCACACCUUGACAUCUGCCCAUCGUGCAUGAACCAGGUCGCACACUCCCGCUACCGCAACUUCUUCAUCCCAAGCCUGGUGAAACCCCCAAACCAAAAGACGCGAUGCGCAUUCGCCAACCCUUGGGCACGACUGGCAUGGGCGCAGAUGAUCAAGAAGCAGCACGACAGCCUCGAGAUGCUAUAUCAAAUGACACGCCCGCCUCCAGGGGCACGGGGCUGUCCCGGCCGCAUCGCCAGCGAGCAAAACUGGUACCGCAUCGUGGACCCAGACACAGGUAAAUACCUACCACGCUUCCAAGUCUGCGGCAGCUGCGUGCGCAACGUGCGCAUCCUCAUGCCCAGCCACCGAGAAACAUUCGAAGCAAGUCCCGAGCCCCAAGCACGAGUCUGCAACUUCCUCACUAGCAGCCCCCGCUUCGUGCAGUACAUCGACCUCCUCGACGCCGCCGCUUCGCGCGCCGACGCCAGCUCAACCCGCUCUCGCCCGGACCCGCGUCCGUUCAUCGCCUACGCGCGGCGCAAGGUCGUUCUCCGCGACUGCCCGCGCGACAAGCCCGUCCUCACCACCUGGCACUACAUCCCGUCGCUGCCGGAGCUCUGCGUCUGCGAGGACUGCUACGACGAGGUCGUGUGGCCGCUCGCCAAAUCCCGUCGGCCCAUCGCCCGCAUGUUUUCGACUGCUAUGCGCCUGCUCCCCGGCGACGGGCCCAACAACUGCCGCGAGGCGAGCUGCCAGCUGUAUUCGGCACGCAUGCGUGCGCGUUUCCGGGAUACUGUUGACCGGGAUGAUUUCGCUGCGCUGCGCUCUGUGACGCUGCGCCGGUUCGAGGCGGAGCGUCGGUUCCGCGAUCGCGCGGAUGAGCUGCUUGAUGCUGAGGGAAGGGGCUAUGAUUGCAAUGAGGAGAUGAGGAAGGCUAUUGCGGAGUGGCGCCGCUGGGAGUGA